AUUGCUUUUGUUUUUGUAAUCUAUGUUUUUUUUGUGGGUUUUAUGUGUUAUAUCUGUGUUUUUUUUUUUUUUGUUUUUGAAAAUUUUGUCUUUAAUUUUUAUGUAUUGGGUUGCAGAAAUAUUUUGGGUUUUCUACAUUUCGGCCAUAUCAAAAGGAAGUGAUCAAGAAAAUUUUGGAGGGAAGAGAUUGCUUGGUUGUCAUGGCUACUGGUAGUGGCAAGUCCCUUUGCUAUCAAGUUCCCCCCUUGAUUGCCGGGAGUACAGGCAUUGUGGUCAGCCCUCUUUUAUCUUUGAUGCAAGAUCAGGUAAUGGCUUUAAAACAACGUGGCAUCCAAGCAGAGUACCUAGGCUCUACUCAAACUGAUAAAACCGUGCAAAGCAAAGCUGAGUCUGGCUUCUAUAGUUUGCUGUUCAUGACUCCAGAGAAAGCAUGUGCGAUCGCAAACAGCUUUUGGUUAAAACUGCUCAAGUCUGGAAUCUGUCUUUUUGCGGUUGAUGAAGCACAUUGCAUAUCAGAAUGGGGUCAUGAUUUCAGGUUGGAGUACAAACAACUGGACAAGUUGCGUCCUAUUCUCUCAGAUGUUCCAUUUGUGAGCUUGACUGCAACUGCUACAGAAAAGGUUCGAUUAGACAUAAUUAGAUCGUUGAAGAUAAAGGAUCCUUAUGUUGCUGUAGGCUCAUUUGAUCGUACAAAUCUCUUCUAUGGUGUGAAAUCUUUUAACCGAGGCUAUUCCUUCCUUGAUGAGUUUAUACAAGAAGUUUCAAAAUCCGUGGCUAGUGCUGGAUCAACCAUCAUUUACUGCCUCACGAUUAAGGAUGUUGAGCAGAUACAUGAGUGGCUAGGAAAAGUUGGAAUUAAGGCUGGAAUCUAUCAUGGUCAAAUGGGUAAUAGGGCUCGGGAGGAGGCACAUAGAUCAUUUAUUAGAGAUGAAUUAAAUGUCAUGGUCGCCACUAUUGCUUUUGGCAUGGGAAUUGAUAAGCCAAACAUACGGCAAGUGAUACAUUAUGGCUGCCCAAAGAGUUUAGAGACAUAUUACCAGGAGAGUGGGCGCUGUGGGAGAGAUGGUAUAGCAUCUACCUGCUGGCUAUAUUACACGAGAAGUGACUUCGCAAAAUCUGACUUUUAUUGCAGUGGAUUGCAAACAGAAAUUCAACGAAAAGCUGUUCUUGACUCAAUGAUGGAAGCACAUAAGUAUUGCAUGCUGAGAACUUGUAGAAGGAAGUUCUUACUGGAGCACUUUGGUGAGAGGGUUCCAGCAGAAAAUUGUGGAAAUUGUGACAAUUGCACUACUACACGGAGUGAGUGCGAGCGAGACAUGUCUAAAGAGGCAUAUCUUCUGAUGGCUUGUAUUCAUUCAUGUAGGGGUAACUGGGGUCUCAAUUUGCCUAUACAUGUUCUUCGGGGAUCUCGGUCAAAAAAAAUAGUUGAUGCUCAGUUUGACGGAUUACCAUUGCAUGGCCUUGGGAAGUCUUACUCUUCAAAUUGGUGGAAGUCACUAGGUUCCCUAUUGAUUGCUCAUGGUUAUCUGAAGGAGACAGUUAGUGACUUUUACAGAUUUGUGAGUGUGAGCACCAAAGGAGCGCAAUACCUCGAUUCUGCAGGACCUGAUUAUCAACCACCUUUGUUUCUGCCUAUAUUUGACGAUAUGCAGGAGGAAGAUGGAGGUGCACCAGGUGAAGUUGAAGGCUUAAAAACUUUGACCUCCUCUGAAUGUGAAGGAUUAACAGAGGUUGAGGUUCAACUUUAUCACACGCUUUUAGAAGAGAGGGCAAAGCUUGCAAGGGCCACUGGAACUGCUCCUUAUGCUAUAUGUGGUGAUGCUACUAUUAAAAAAUUUGCAUUGGUUAGACCAUCUACAAGAGCAAGAUUAGCAAACAUUGAUGGUGUCAACCAGCAUCUUGUCACCAUACAUGGGGAUCAUUUUCUUCAAGCUAUACGGCAUCUUUCAAAAGAUCUUAAUUUGUCUUUGGAUGGAGAAUUGAGCAUACAACAUACUUCAGUUAAAAAAGUAAGUUCAGAUCAAACCAAUCCAAGAAAGCUCACACCAGCAAAAUUUGAUGCGUGGAGAAUGUGGCAUGAAGAUGGACAGUCCAUUGAAAAAAUUGCUUUCCCUGGUAGAUCUGCUCCAAUUAAGGAAGGAACUGUUCUCAGCUAUCUUCUUGAGGCUUUCCAAGAAGGUUUAGCAACUGAUUGGCCCAGAUUUUGUGCUGAAAUUGAACUAACAUCUGAGAUGUUCACAAGUAUAUUGGAAGCAGUCACAAAGGUUGGUUCGACAGAAAAAUUGAAGCCAAUAAAAGACGAGUUGCCUGAAAAUAUAAGCUAUUCCCAUUUAAAAGCCGCUCUUACUAUGGUAAGCUGUGGUAUUUCUUCUCCGUCUGAAUUCAAGCCACUGGGAAGAGAGAACGAAGUUUCUGAGGCAGCUGAAACAUCACCGAACAUUUUGGCUUCAUGUCAUGCAGAAGAAUCUUGUAAUAUUGAUUGUAAGUUGCCAGAGAAUGGAAAGAACGAAGAAUGUGAGGAUGACUGUGAUAUAAUUAGCUCAAAGCGUUACAAAGUUGACAAGGGAAUUGAUUAUUGCAACACAAUGGAAGACACUCAGAGUUCUAUAAUAAAAUGGCUUAAAAACUAUGAUAAUGGGGUUGCUUUACAUGAAAUCGUGGAGCAUUUCAGAGGUUUGAGUGAAGAAUCUAUACUCACUUUGCUUGUCGGUCUUGAAGGUGACUUUGUGAUUUACCAAAAGAAUGGUGUAUAUAAGAUGUUCUAGUGAGGCAGUGCUGUCAACUUAGUGAGAAGCACACAUUUUGGAUAUGUUGGGGAACUUUAUAAUCUGAGGCAUUGCUGAAUUUUCAACCUAUAUCAGUAGGUCUCUGUGUGGUUCUAUCAGGAAAUCUUCUGGCUUGUCAUAUUGUAAAAGUGUGUCUAUAACGAAUUAAUCCUUGUAGUAAAGUAGUUACUUAUUAUGGAAAGAUCCCCUAGAUUCAUGUCUGUGAAACGGUAGACAUAUUCUUUACUGGUUGAUGGAGAAAUGCACAUUGUGGAAAUUGUCAUAUUACCUCAAAUUUUAGUUUUUCUCUCC